AUGGCGCUCUACCAAGAUACCGACAAAGAUGCCCUUUUGAACGACUUUAAGCGCGAGGGGGUCAUCCAGUGCGCCCUUCGAGGGCUGCGGACGCCGCCAGCGGAGUCUCUGAUCGAUCCGACGGUGGAGCCGAUUCAGUCCGAGGCCGCGAUUGAUCAGAUGCGCGAACAGCAGCGGCAUAUUCGAGAUCUUCUCACCGAACGCGAGGCCUUCGCGCACGGCGAAAGGCUUUUUCAACUUCUCACGCAGAAAGCCAACCUCUCCCUUCACGUGGAUGAUGAGAGUGGAUUGCUCACGCUCAUGCCAAUUGUGGAUCUACAGCCUGGGGAUGAGUUGCUUUUGCACUACGGUCGGGAGUGGUGGACGCAUCGGCUGCUUUCGACGCUUUUUUUAGCGGCGAAGGAUCGCGAAAUGCGCGGCAUCCGCUGGAUUGAGCUGCUGUGCAGGAGUGAGGACGAAACCGACGUUUUUGAACCCUUUCCGAGGCUCCUUCCCGUGCGCAAAAGAAGUAAAAAAGGUGUAAAGGAUCAUUCUCAUGGGCAAACUAUGACGACCGAUUCUUCUGGGAAGAUGUCAGAGGAGGGUAUUUCUUCUUCUUCGACGGAGACACUUCAGAAUAAAAAAGUUCGGAAUUCGUCAUCUGAAAGGGGUACAUACAUACUUUAUAAUGAAGGAACUAAGAAAGAAGCAACCGACGCGACAGUGCUGAUCUUUGCCAUCCGCCUGAGCUGUCAGGAUCCUGACUUUUUACGGCUUCUUCUGGAGGGUGACGGCGAGGAUGGAAAUAAGUUUUCCUCCUUCCCACCCGUGUUUUGCCAGGAAAGCUGUGAUGUUGAGGUGCCUAUUGCGGAAAUACGGCGGGCGCUGCUGCGGAUGCUACGGCGCUCCUCUCAUGAUAUGAAACAUGGAGAGGAUGCAAUUCCAGGGGUGUUGAAAAGUGCCGCGGAGGAGGAAGAGGGUGAGAGGUUUCACGUGUAA